CCCUCAGUUCCUCCCACCAGCAGAUCAUGAACCCAACAUAGCUUCAUUUCUCGAAAUUCUCUUUACUAUCUUUCUGCAAGUGUAACUACUCCAAAAAGCACCAGAAUACAAACCAAAGUAUUCGUAUAGAUUCUAUUUUCAUAUUUUCUUUGUCAAGUUUGUUAACUUUAACUGUUCCCCGGGCUCCUUCAAUGGCUUCAAAGCUGAACCUUCAAUCCAACCUUUCCUUGUUCUCCCCCUGUUUUCUCUACCCUUCACCUGUUGCUGCUUCUGCUUCCCCGCUUGGAGUCAAAACUCCUAACAAACUAUCGUUUUUCGGCGUCACAUGGUCCAAAAUGCAGUACGAGAAAACCUUAGUACCUGUAUUGUCUAGACGGUUGUUCCUACCUUCGGUGUCAGGGAUCUGGGAUGCCUUGACGGGAGGCAAUUCAGCUAGUGAAGCUGUGGCUUCCAUCAGACGUGGAAUGGAACUCUUCAGACAGGGUGAUGUUGCUGCGUCGUUAAUAGAGUUCGAUCGAGCAAUUGAGCUGGAUUCUCGUCAGAGGGCAUAUCUUUGGCAGAGGGGUCUGUCUUUAUAUUAUUUGGAUAGGUUUGAAGAAGGGGCGGAGCAGUUUCGACUAGAUGUUGCACUGAAUCCUAAUGAUACGGAGGAGUCUAUAUGGUGUUUCCUCUGUGAAGCUCAAUUGUAUGGAGUGGACGAAGCAAGGAAACGAUUCUUGGAGCUAGUUUCAGCGUUUUCUAAUGCACAAGGGCACGAAUACUUUUAUGCUUCUCUAUAUGCUGGGCUUUAUUAUGAAUCCCAGAAUAAUCCAGAUGCUGCAAAGCCUCAUUUACUUGCUGCAUGUCAAUCUCCUUAUGGGCUAAGGUCCAAUGAUUAUAUGGCUUCUCUUGCCAAGGUUCACCGUCUUUGUCGAAACUGGAGCACCAAUUAAACCUUUCAGUGUUGUUGAUACUAAUAGAUAUUGAUAUAUUCGAAUUUCAUUGGAUUAUGUUUUCCGAUCUGCUUUGAUUAAAAAUAUGCUAAGAUA